AUGGCCGACGCGGUAGUCCAGCUGAAGUGCGGUGUGAAGAAUGACGACUGGGGAAAGAAAGGAAAAAACUCAAUUGUGGCUCAAUUAUGGUCCAAAACGCCGGGAAAUCCUGGAAUCGACGAGUCCAAGCACUACUCCGAGAUGUGGAUGGGUACGUAUCCGUCGAAUCCAUCUUACCUCUUGUCUACGGGUGAACAACUGGGUGAUUACAUCAAGAAGAACCCGCAGUUCGUGGGCAAGUCAGUCCUGGAUCGAUUCGGACCUGAGAUUCCAUUUUUGCCCAAGAUCCUCUCGUUCUCCAAAGCACUCCCCCUCCAGAUCCAUCCAGACCUGAAACUCGCGGAAAGGUUGCACAAGGAAGACCCAAAGAAAUACGGCGACAACAACCACAAGCCCGAAAUCGCCGUCGCCCUCUCCAAGUUCGAGCUCUUCGCCGGCUGGAAACCACUGAAGGACAUCCAAGCUCUCUUCAAACUCAAACCUCUAGAGCAAUUCGUGCCUAAUUCACGCACCACCUUUGACGAUGAAACCCUACGAAAAGUAUGCAUGUCUCUACUCAGUGCUCCUCCAACCGAAGUAUCCACGACAAUCAAAGAGCUACAAAGCCUCCCAGAGUCGCAAUUCGGUUCUGAGCCAUACAUCCCUGGACUCCUGGACCGACUUAGCAAGCAAUACACCGACACAGACAAUGGCAACCUCGUCGCCGCACUGUUAAUGAACUAUCUCACCCUCGGCCCAGGAGACUCCGUCUUCGUCCCCGCAGAUGGUAUCCACGCCUACCUGGAAGGCGACAUAGUCGAAUGCAUGGCCCGCUCCGACAACGUCAUAAACACCGGCUUCUGUCCCGUCGCACAGCGCGACAGCGUCGAGCUAUUCGGACAAGCGCUCACAUUCGUUCCCCAUGAUGCCCAGGGGGCACUUUUACCCCGACGCAAGAGUGAUAAAGGCGUGCAGGGUCGGACGGAUGUGUAUGCGCCGCCGAUUAGUGAGUUUUCGGUGCUUGUUACGACGCUGGGGGCGGGCGAGACGGAGACGCAUAAGGCAAUUUUGGGUCCAAGUUUGUUGAUUGUUACUAAGGGGUGUGGGGAGAUGAAGGUUCCGGGGGAUAGGACUGUGGAGGUGAAGGAGGGGUUUGUUUUCUUUGUUGGGCAGGGAGUUGCGCUGGAUUUUGGGACGGAGAAGGGAUUGGCUGUUUACCGCGCGUAUGCGGAGUAG